AUGUCCCCCGGGGGCAAGUUCGACUUUGACGACGGGGGCUGCUACGUGGGGGGCUGGGAGGCGGGGCGGGCACAUGGCUACGGCGUGUGCACGGGGCCCGGCGCCCAGGGCGAGUACAGCGGCUGCUGGGCGCAGGGCUUCGAGUCACUGGGCGUCUUCACGGGGCCCGGCGGACACAGCUACCAGGGCCACUGGCAUCACGGCAAGCGCGAAGGUCUGGGCGUGGAGCGCAAGAGCCGCUGGACGUACCGCGGCGAGUGGCUGGGCGGGCUGAAGGGGCGCAGCGGUGUGUGGGAGAGCGUGUCCGGCCUGCGCUACGCCGGGCUCUGGAAGGACGGCUUCCAGGACGGCUACGGCACCGAGACCUACUCCGACGGAGGCACCUACCAGGGCCAGUGGCAGUCUGGGAAGCGCCACGGCUACGGGGUGCGCCAGAGCGUGCCCUACCAUCAGGCGGCGCUGCUGCGCUCGCCCCGCCGCACCUCCCUGGACUCGGGCCACAGCGACCCCCCGACGCCGCCCCCGCCCCUGCCCCUGACCGGCGACGAAGGAGGCAGCCCGGCCUCCGGCUCCCGGGGAGGCUUCGUGCUGGCCGGGCCUGGGGAUGCUGACGGCGCGGCCUGCCGAAAGCGCACCCCCGCGGCCGGCGGGUUCUUCCGCCGCUCGCUGCUGCUCAGCGGGCUCCGGGCGGGCGGGCGCCGAAGCUCCUUGGGCAGCAAGAGGGGCUCCCUGCGCAGCGAGGUGAGCAGCGAGGUUGGCAGCACGGGACCCCCGGGCUCCGAGGCCAGCGGGCCCCCGGCCCCGGCGCCGCCCGCCCUCAUCGAGGGCUCGGCCACUGAGGUGUAUGCGGGCGAAUGGCGCGCCGACCGGCGCAGCGGCUACGGCGUGAGCCAGCGCUCCAACGGGCUGCGCUACGAGGGCGAGUGGCUGGGCAACCGGCGGCACGGCUACGGGCGCACAACCCGCCCCGACGGCUCCCGCGAGGAGGGCAAGUACAAGCGCAACCGGCUCGUGCACGGGGGGCGCGUGCGCAGCCUUCUUCCUCUGGCCCUUCGGCGGGGCAAAGUCAAGGAGAAGGUGGACAGGGCCGUCGAGGGCGCCCGUCGAGCCGUGAGCGCUGCCCGCCAGCGCCAGGAGAUCGCCGCUGCCAGGGCAGCAGACGCCCUUCUAAAGGCAGUGGCAGCCAGCAGUGUCGCCGAGAAGGCUGUGGAGGCAGCUCGAAUGGCCAAACUGAUAGCCCAGGACCUGCAGCCCAUGUUGGAGGCCCCAGGCCGCAGACCCAGGCAGGACUCAGAAGGUUCUGACACAGAGCCCUUGGAUGAGGACAGCCCUGGGGUGUACGAGAAUGGACUGACCCCCUCAGAGGGCUCCCCUGAACUUCCCAGCAGCCCUGCCUCCUCCCGCCAACCCUGGCGACCCCCUGCUUGCCGGAGCCCACUGCCUUCUGGAGGGGACCGAGGUCCCUUCUCCAGCCCCAAAGCUUGGCCUGAGGAGUGGGGGGGCCCCGGUGAGCAGGCAGAAGAACUAGCUGGCUAUGAGGCAGAGGAUGAGGCUGGGCUGCAGGGGCCAGAGCCCAGAGAUGGCUCCCCACUCCUCGGAGGCUGCAGCGACAGUUCCGGAAGUCUUCGAGAGGAGGAAGGGGAGGAUGAAGAGCCCUUGCUCCAGAUGAGGACCCCAGGACGCUUGGAGCCGGAGCCCACAGCCUUGCCAGUCCUGAGGGGCCUGUCCUCAAGGAGUCCUGAAGCCGGGUGCCUGAUGGAAGAGGCUGAGGAGGCUGCUGCGUCCGAGAGGCCCGCCCAACCGGGAGCUGCCAACCCGUUGGUGGUGGGAGCCGUGGCCCUCCUGGACCUCAGCCUGGCAUUCCUGUUCUCCCAGCUCCUCACCUGAGGCUCCUGCCUGGCCUAGUUCUGGCUUUGGUUGCUGCCUCUUCACUCCUCUGACCUGCCUUUUUCUCUUUUCUUCCUCCUGGUUGUUUUUUCUCCUAUCUUUCUUUCUCUUCUCCCUUCCCUUUCUUUUCUGUCACCCUCUGGCUUUCUCUCUCAUUUUUUCUUUCCUUCUCUCCUUUCAGAUUCUCUCAUUCCUUCUGGCUCUGUCUCUGUCUUCCUCACUCCCUUCCCCACCCACGCCUUCUCUCUCUCUCUAGAUUGUUUACAUAUGAAGGGCUUUUCUCGCUCAGAGUCGCUCUCUUCUCUGAGACACACAAUUCUAAGUCAGACCAUUGCCCCACACCCUCCCUGCCUUUUCUUUAGACCUGAACUUGGAUGAGGGUUGGGGUUUGGUGUCCUGAGGAGUCUCCCAGAAGCUGAGCAGAAAGGUUGGAGAAAAUGGAGAAGGGGUAUACUCUAUACGGGAGAAGACUGUAUCCUGGGCGAGGCACUGGCCAUGCUGCUGUGACUCCCUGACCCAAGGGGCCUGGCGUCCCUCUGAGGCCUAGUGAUAAAGCUGGAGGGAGUGCAGCCUCCAUCUCUGACCUUGGAGGAUCCUACCUCACCUCCAAGCACUGAGCUAGGUUCUUGCCGAGCUCCAUCCUUCCCUGAAGGAGAUGAGGGGAAUGAAAAGUAGAAUGGCUCCCCAGCAUCUUCUCCCUCUUUCUUUCCUCAACAGCCAGCCCCUCAUCCAAACCCCUAGGGUGGCAUACCAUGUCAAGAGCAAUGCGUAAAGGAAAGAAAAUGUCCAAUGCGGCCAAGCCCACCCUCUCCC